AUGGAAGCUGAAGGGAAGCACGGAGCUCCUUUUCUACAAAACCUGCUGAGGACAGAAGAGAGCUGCACACUGAGGAAGUUCAUGUCUACAAGAUCACAGGUUGUUGUGAAGGUGUGAAGGUGUGGACUCUGCUAUGAAUCAGGCUGAGGACCCAGAGGACAGAGUCCCUCCCUCUAAAGACCCUCUGUGUGGGGAACAUGACAGACAGACCAAAGCUCAGAGGACCCAUCAGAGACCUGGACCUGGACCCAGCUGUGUGUCCAUGAAGAGUAACCAGUCUAUAGAGCGUCCUAUAUUCUUCAAAGAUGGCCGUCCCUCUGCUGAUGCAAGGAUUCAUCAGAGACCUGGACCUGAACCCAGCUGUGUGUCCAUGAAGAGUAACUGGUCUAUGGAGCGUCCUAUAUUCUUCAAAGAUGGCCGUCCCUCUGCUGGUGCAAGGACUCAUCAGAGACCUGGACCUGAACCAAGCUGUGUGUCCAUGAAGAGUAACCAGUCUAUUGAGCGUCCCAUAUUCUUUAAAGAUGGACAUUCCUCUCUUGAUCCAAGAGUGGACCAGCAGAGCUCAGAGGUUCCGACAGGUCCGUCUGCCCAGCAGCAGCAAACACACCUGGACUCCAUCUUCAUGCUGCUGGAGGAGAACAUCCUCACCUUUGUGAAGAACGAGCUGAAGAAGAUCCAGAAGGUUGUGAGUUCAGAUUACCCAGAAUGCUUAGAGAGGGAGGAUGAGGAGGUGCUGGAUGAAGAGCAGAGGAGGAGCAGAGAAGCAUUUGUGAAGAUCUCAGUGCACUUCCUGAGAAGAAUGAAGCAGGAGGAGCUGGCUGAGCGUCUGCAGAGCAGACUUCUUCCUGCAGACUGUCAGCGUGAUCUCAAAUCCAACCUGAAGAAGAAGUUCCAGUUUGUGUUUGAGGGGAUCGCUAAAGCAGGAAACCCAACCCUUCUGAAUGAGAUCUACACAGAGCUCUACAUCACAGAGGGAGGGACUGCAGAGGUCAAUCAAGAACAUGAGGUCAGACAGAUUGAAACAGCAUCCAGGAGACCAGAAACAACCAUCAGACGAGAAGACCUCUUCAAAGCCUCAGCUGGAAAAGAGGAACCAAUCAGAACAGUGAUGACUAAGGGAGUGGCUGGCAUUGGGAAAACAGUCUUAACACAGAAGUUCACUCUGGACUGGGCUGAAGACAAAGACCACCAGGACAUACAGUUCACAUUUCCAUUCACCUUCAGAGAGCUGAAUGUGCUGAGAGAGAAGAAGUUCAGCUUGGUGGGACUUGUUCAUCACUUCUUCAGUGAAACCAGAGCAGCAGGAAUCUGCAGGUUUGAAGAGUUGCAGGUUGUGUUCAUCUUUGACGGUCUGGAUGAGUGUCGACUUCCUCUGGACUUCCACAACAAUGAGAUCCUGACUGAUGUCACAGAGUCGGCCUCAGUGGAUGUGCUCCUCACAAACCUCAUCAGGGGGAAGCUGCUUCCCUCUGCUCGCCUCUGGAUAACCACACGACCUGCAGCAGCCAAUCAGAUCCCUCUUGAGUGUGUUGGCAUGGUGACGGAGGUCAGAGGGUUCACUGACCCCCAGAAGGAGGAGUACUUCAGGAAGAGAUUCAAAGAUAACAAGCAAGCCAGCAGGAUCAUCUCUCACAUCAAGACCUCACGAAGCCUCCACAUCAUGUGCCACAUCCCAGUCUUCUGCUGGAUCACUGCUACAGUUCUGGAGGUGGUGUUGAAGACCAGAGAGGGAGGAGAGCUGCCAAAGACCCUGACUGAGAUGUACAUCCACUUCCUGGUGGUUCAGUCCAAAGUUAAGAAGGUCAAGUACGAUGGAGGAGCUGAGACAGAUCCACACUGGAGUCCAGAGAGCAGAAAGAUGAUCGAGUCUCUGGGAAAACUGGCCUUUGAUCAGCUGCAGAAAGGCAACCUGAUCUUCUAUGAAUCCGACCUGACAGAGUGUGGCAUCGAUAUCAGAGCAGCCUCAGUGUACUCAGGAGUGUUCAAUCAGAUCUUCAGAGAGGAGAGAGGACUGUACCAGGACAAGGUGUUCUGCUUUGUCCAUCUGAGUGUUCAAGAGUUUCUGGCUGCUCUUCAUGUCCAUCUGACCUUCUACAGCUCUGGUGUCAAUCGGCUGUCUGGAGAACAAACGACCUCCCUGGUGUCUAAAGUCUUUAGAGACAAACCUAAACCAAAACGUCUCUACCAGAGUGCUGUGGACCAGGCCUUACAGAGUCCUAAUGGACACCUGGACUUGUUCCUCCGCUUCCUCCUGGGUCUUUCUCUGGAGACCAAUCAGAGUCUCCUACGAGGUCUGCUGACACAUACAGGAAGUCUUUCACAGACCAAUCAGGAGAUAGUCCGGUACAUCAAGGAGAAGAUCAGUGAGGAUGUGUCUCCAGAGAAAAGCAUCAAUCUGUUCCACUGUCUGAAUGAACUGAAUGAUGGUUCUCUAGUGGAGGAGAUUCAACAGUCCCUUAGAUCAGGACGUCUCCCCACAGAUAAACUGUCUCCUGCUCAGUGGUCAGCUCUGGUCUUCAUCUUACUUUCAUCUGAAGAAGAUCUGGAGGUGUUUGACUUGAAGAACUACUCUGCUUCAGAGGAGGCUCUUCUGAGGCUGCUGCCAGUGGUCAGAGCCUCCAACAAAGCUCUACUGGGUGUCUGUACCCUCUCAGAGAGAAGCUGUGAAGCUCUGUCCUCAGUCCUCAGCUCCCAGUCCUCUAGUCUGAGAGAACUGGAUCUGAGUAACAACAACCUGCAGGAUUCAGGAUUGAAGCUGCUGUGUGAUGGACUGAGGAGUCCACACUGUGACCUGGAGACUCUUAGCCUGUCAGGCUGUCUGAUCACAGAGGAAGGCUGUGCUUCUCUGGCCUCAGCUCUGAGCUUCAACCCCUCCCACCUGAGAGAGCUGGACCUGAGCUACAACCAUCCAGUGGAUUCAGGAGCGAAGAUGCUGUCUUCUGGACUGAAUGACCCACACUGGAAGUUGGAAACUCUCAGGGUGGAGCCUUCUGGAGUCCGAUGGAUGACACCAGGUCUGAUGAAGUAUUCCUGUGAACUCACAAUCGACACAAACACAGUAAACGGAGACCUCAAACUGUCUGACAACAACAGGAAGGUGACAUAUGUGUGGGAGGUUCAGUCAUAUCCUGAUCAUCCAGACAGAUUUGACUCCUGUCCUCAGCUGCUGUGUAGAACUGGUCUGACUGGUCGCUGUUACUGGGAGGUCCAGUGGAGCGGAUACGUUUAUGUAUCAGUGAGUUACAGAGGAAUCAGGAGGAAAGGAGUCAGUGAUGACUGUGUGUUUGGAUGGAAUGAUCAGUCUUGGAGUCUGGGAUGCUCUUAUAAAGGUUACUCUGUCCGUCACAAUAAGACAGAAACACACAUCACCUCACCCCCCUCCUCCUCCUCCUCUGGUAGAGUAGCAGUGUAUGUGGACUGUCCUGCUGGCUCUCUGUCCUUCUACAGAGUCUCCUCUGACUCACUGAUCCACCUCCACACCUUCAGCACCACAUUCACUGAACCUCUUUAUCCUGGGUUUGACUUCUUGUCCUGUUCUAGUUCUAGUUCCUCAGUGUCUCUGUGUUCUCUGGAGGAGGGAGAGUCUCGUCCUGGUGGAGAACCUUCCUCUCUGCUCACCACAUAGUUCAGUCUUUACAGGAUGUAUUUCAAUUACUUUUCUCUCCGACUAGCCCAAUGUGAAAAAGAGCAACAGCUCCCAUAGCCACUCAGGUAGAGUGUAAAAUGACGCUCGACAGUGACGUUUGCCUUUGAUCAUGUGAAAGUGAAGCUGUGUCUUCAGUGUUAAACAUGUGACGUCAGACUGAUGAAACAGGGCCUCAGCGGGAUUUGAUUCCCAUUGAAUUAAAGUGCUUUUUUUAUUCAUGUAUAAAUAUCAAAACAAACAUCACAUUCAUAAAAAGAAUUUAGUAGCAAAUGUUUAUUUUGCAAACUGAUCACAAUUAACCUCACAGCAACGAUUUAAGAAAGGUAUUCCAAGCCAAACGUUUUUAAGUACAAUAAUGCAUUUAUUUAAAGCAGUUUCAUCAAAAUAUUGCUUUUCAUUUAGAGUUAAUAAUCGAUUUUUCUUCCAGGACACUAUUGACACUAUUAUUCUUCAGAAUAAUGCAUUUUACUAUUUUUUAUUUUUAUAUUUCUCUUAAAUUCACCUAAACUUACCAUCAGAUAAUGUGUAACUAGCAUAAUUUAACUUGACAUUCAGGGACUUGAUCCUUAUCAUAGAAGUGUAAUUAAAUUUGUGCCACACCGUCAUUAAAAGAUUGUUCCUUUGUUUUUUAAAGUGUAGUCAGAGUGAAGUUAAAGCUUCAUGCCUUACAGCUGCAUCCUGUGUAGUGACCAGCAGGGGGCGACUCCUCUGCUCCCAUAGACGUCUAUGAGGAAAUGACUCUACUUCUGUGUAGUGACCAGCAGGGGGCGACUCCUCUGC